AUGUCGAUUGCCAGCAAACCAGUGGUGCUCGGCUACUGGGCGAUCCGCGGGCUUGCGCAACCCAUCCGCAUGCUCCUCGAAUACUCCAGCAUCCCGUACGAGGAGAAGCGCUUCGAACAGGGAGGCGCCCCAGACUUUGACAAGACCUGCUGGACUGACGUCAAGGACACUGUCCUCGGCGACUACCCGUUUCCGAAUCUCCCGUUCCUCAUCGACGGCGACAUCACAGUGACACAGAGCAAUGCGAUCGUCCGCCACGCAUUCCCUCCUCGGCACGACGGCCACCGAAGCGGCGCGGAGGGGAUGGACUUGCGCAACCGGACGGUCGGGCUGGCCUACGGCCGUAGCGGCAAGUUCGAGGAUGCGGUGCCAGCCUACGCUGCUGCUCUACGCACGCACCUGCAGCGGUACUCGAGCUUUCUCGGCGAUCGUGUGUGGUUUGCUGGCGGCGAGCUGACUGCGUGCGACUUUGUCAUGUACGAGCUGCUUGAUCAGAACGCGCUCAUGGUGCCUAGCUGCCUCGAGGGCUUCCCCACCCUCAAGGCGUUCUGCGCCAGAUUUGAGGCGCUGCCCGCCAUCAAGGCGAGCAAGCCCCAGUUCACAGAGCACACAGACAGAAAGGGUGGGUAG